AAAAUGAACGAAUCUUUGGUUUUACGGAAAAAAAGCUAUGAUUUUUGAAGAGGCGGUUGCUCUCGUUGCAGAAUAAAAACUGACAUUAGAGAUUAGGGUGCCGAAUAUCUGAACGUCUUGCUUCUCUUUCCCAUGAUUGUAUGUCCUGGAUUUACAAAGUUAGCCUGUCAUGUUCUCAAAGGGAACUCCUUCGGCGUGAUAAAAAUUUUGCAGCCCAAUUAGGGCACUGAAGAGCUACAGAAUAAAAAAAAAUUCGGUAUUGAGCGCUGUUUUUAUUCAAUUUAUUCUUUUUAUCUGUAGUUUUCGGAGAGGAUAUAGCAGUCAUAGAGUUCGCAGGGCAAAACCCUAAAACUAAGGUUAGGGUUUUUGAUGGGUCGGAAGAAGGCAGGCGUGGCCGCAGGGGAUGAUGCCCCUGCCGCUCAGAGCGGUAAAAGUAAAAAGAAGAAUCUGAUCGUUGAUGACGAUGAAUACGCGAUUGUCGAUCCAGUGGCUGACAACAACGCAGAUACCGCUUUGGAGGAUGAAGUUUCUGCUUCGCUUAAAGGUAUAUCUCUGAAUGAUAGUAAUAAUAAUAACAAAUCUAGGAAUAAGAAUAGUAAGAAAGGGAAAAAGAAUGAUGAUAAUGAGGAUGAUGAUGACGGGGACGGGGCUUUGCUUGAAAAGAGUGAUGAGGAUAACGUGAGUCAUGUUUCGUCGAUUGGAGGGAAGAAGAGGGGGAAGAAGGGGAAACAAUCUAAGCAGGAUUUGGAUGAUUUUGACGAAGAGAAUUUGGAGGCUGUGGAUGGGCUUCCAAAUGUUAAUGGUCAUGGUGGGAAGAAGGAUAAAAAAAAAGGAGGCGGUGCUAAGGUGAAGGGGAAACCAGAUAUGUUUUCCUUAUUGGCAGACAUGGAGGAGGUGGAGGAGGUGGAGGAGGAUGGGGAUGGUGGAGAGUCUGCUGUUGUGGAUAACGUGGGGGGUGACGAUGUGGAUGAUGAAUCGGUUGAAGUAGUUUUUACGGGGAAAAAGAAAGCCAAGGGCAAGAAGGUGUCGUUUCAGAUAGAGGAAAUCGACAGUGUUCUAGAUGCGACUGUAGAUUUGGAUGAGCCGAGUGAAUGGAUUUUUACAGGAAAAAAGAAGGCCAAGGGUAAGAAAAUUGAACAGCAAGAGCAUGAAUUUGACGAGACUAAGGAGAGCCUUCCAGAAGAGGAAGAGACUAUUAUUAGCUUUAGUGGUAAAAAGAAGGGGAAGAAGGGUAGUCAGAAGAAAUUUGAGGAGGACAGGGAGCCUUCUUUUGUUGAUGUAAAGGAGGAUGAUGAUAAUGAUGAUGAUGGUACCAUUGUUUUUUCUGGAAAGAAGAAGGCCAAGGGUAAGAAAAAUACUUCGUUCACAACUUCAAUGUUGAAUGCUGGGCUUUUGGAUGAAGAAGAUGGGGAAGGAGAUAAAUCAGUGGACAAUUUUACAUUGGAGGAAAAACAUGAGGACAGCGAAGUAGAUGAUGUGAUUCAAUUUACAGGGAAAAAGAAGGGGAAGAAAGGCAAAAAGACAGGGAAGAUGGUGGAAGGCAAUGCCAAUGCUGAUCCAAACGAUGAUGCGGUCAUGAUUGAUGAGGGUCAAAAGCAAGAAGGGCCUGCAAGUGUUCAAGAGCCUCUACCUUCUAGUGAUUCAGCUGUAUCCAAGAAACAAAAACAAAAGAAGAAGAAAAGUGGAAGAACUGCCGAGGAGGAGGAGGACCUGGAUAAGAUUCUGGCUGAGCUAGAUUUAGGUACAGAAAAGUCCAAGUCUGCUGGGGCAGAUGAAGUGCCUAAAUCAGAGAUCAUUGAAUCUGAACCAGCAAAAGCAGAAGUAUUACCAGAUGAAGUUAGUGCUGAACCUGAAGGGCCUGGGGAAUCAGCAGCAGCAAAGAAAAAGAAAAAAAAGAAGGAAAAAGAGAAAGAGAAGAAGGCAGCAGUUGCAGCCGCUGAAGAGAAGGGCGAAGCAGAGACCAAACAGGAAAAAUCGAAGGAGGUUAAAGGAAAGAUUCUAGACAAGAAGGUCCCAAAACAUGUGAGGGAAAUGCAGGAAAGGUUGGCGAGGUUGAAAGAAGAGGAGGAGAGAAGGAAGCGCGAGGAAGAAGAGAAGCGAAGAAAAGAAGAGGAAGAGCAGAGCAGAUUAGAAGAAUUGGAAAGGCAGAAAGAAGAGGCCAAGCGCAGGAAGAAAGAACGAGAAAAAGAGAAACUUCAGAGGAAGAAGGCAGAGGGUAAAUUACUAACUGGGAAACAGAAGGAAGAAGCUCGCAGGUUGGCAUUAAUGAGAGAGCAGUUCCUUGCCCAAAGUGGGGGUUUAUCUGAUAUCUCAAAGGAGGAGCAAAUUGCUUCAGCACCCAAGAAGCCAAAGUACGAGACAAAAAAGAAAAAGCGUGGUCCUACUACUGCUGAUUCUGCAGCUUCUCAGCAGGCUAUGCUAACAGAAGACCAUGACAUCCAAGACGAAGCUCCGCAAGAGGCAUAUGAUAGUAAAGUAAAGGAAGAGGCCAGUGCAAUGAUAAUUGAGCCUGUUGAGAGUGAGGUUCACAUGGAUGUUGAGCAGGAGAAAAUGAAAACUGAAGAGGAAGAGGAAGAUGAUUGGGAUGCUAAAAGUUGGGAUGAAAAAGAUGUGGCUUUACCAGUAAAAAGUGCUUUUGCUGAAGAGGAAGAGAGUUCCAUAAGCAACAAAACUAUUAAGAGUUCCGCUGGGCCUGCAGCUAAGUCUGUCGUAAAAAAUACAACUGCUGCAUCUGUGCCUAAAUCGGCACCCAUGUCGAGUGUAGCAAAGCCUGCCCCUCCUGUUAAACCAUCUUUGCCUGUAAAGCCGGUUCAACAAGUGCAACCUGAAAGUGAAGAAGACUCUGAAAGUGAAGAGACUGAGAGUGAAGAUGAAAACAUGGAGGAUAACAAGAGACAGGCAGCAUCAAGGAAGCGAGAGGUGAGGAAAGCAGAAGCAAUAUUGAAAAGGAAUGCAGAUGAUUUGCGCUCGCCUAUUUGUUGCAUUCUUGGUCAUGUUGAUACGGGUAAGACAAAGUUGCUCGAUUGUAUUCGGCGGACAAAUGUGCAGGAAGGUGAGGCAGGAGGGAUCACUCAACAAAUUGGAGCCACAUAUUUUCCAAUGGAAAACAUACGGGAGAGGACAAAAGAGUUGAAGGCAGAUGCUAAUUUUAGGGUACCUGGUUUACUAGUAAUUGACACUCCUGGGCAUGAAUCUUUCACAAAUUUGAGAGCUCGAGGUUCUAGCUUAUGUGAUAUUGCGAUAUUGGUUGUUGAUAUCAUGCAUGGCUUGGAACCACAAACGCUUGAGUCACUAAAUCUUUUGAAAAUGCGACAUACACCCUUUGUAGUUGCCCUGAAUAAGGUGGAUAGGCUCUAUGGUUGGAAGGCCCGUCCAAAUGCUCCUAUAAGAAUGACCUUUAAGCAACAGUCAAAAGAUGUUCAAAAUGAGUUUGAACACCGGCUCACUCAGGUUAUAACAGAGCUCAAAGAGCAAGGACUGAAUUCUGAGCUGUAUUUUAGAAAUAAAGAAGUGAAGAAAUAUGUUAGUAUUGUGCCAACUAGUGCGAUCAGUGGAGAAGGUGUGCCAGAUCUCCUUAUGUUACUUGUGCAGUUAACACAAAAAAUGAUGGAGGAAAGGCUUAUGUACAUCAGUGAAAUUCAGUGUACCGUCUUGGAGGUGAAGGUUAUAGAAGGUUUGGGAACUACAAUUGAUGUUAUAUUGAUAAAUGGUGUGCUUCAUGAAGGCGAUCAGAUUGUGGUCUGUGGAAUGCAGGGUCCCAUUGUAACAACUAUCCGUGCUUUAUUGACUCCACAUCCAAUGAAGGAGCUUCGAGUGAAGGGAUCUUAUCAACAUCACAAGGAGUUAAAGGCAGCACAGGGAAUCAAGAUAACUGCUCAGGGUUUUGAGCAUGCCAUAGCAGGAACCCAGUUAUAUGUUGUUGGACCUGAUGAUGAUUUAGAUGAUGUUAAGGAAGAAGCAAUGCAAGAUAUAAACAAUGUAAUGUCUCGGAUUGACAAGAGUGGGGAAGGAGUUUAUGUUCAAGCUUCAACUCUUGGAUCUUUGGAGGCUUUACUUGAGUUCUUGAAGACCCCAGCUGUGAGCAUCCCGGUUAGUGCAAUUGGUAUUGGGCCUGUGCAUAAAAAAGAUGUCAUGCGUGCGAGUGUAAUGCUUGAGAAAAAGAAGAAAGAGUACGCUGCAAUUUUGGCAUUUGAUGUCAAAAUUACUCCCGAAGCUCGGGAGCUUGCAGAUGAAGUUGGUGUCAAAAUAUUUGCAGCGGACAUUAUUUAUCAUCUGUUUGACCAGUUUAAAGCAUAUAUGGACAAUCUUAAGGAGGAAAGGAAAAAGGAGGCUGCAGAAGAUGCUGUUUUCCCCUGUGUCCUGGGCAUUUUGCCAAAUUGUGUUUUUAACAAGAAGGAUCCUAUAAUUGUUGGUGUUGAUAUUCUUGAAGGCAUUGCAAGGAUUGGCACGCCAUUAUGUGUUCCCACAAAAGAUUUCAUAGAUAUUGGCAAAAUAGCUUCAAUUGAGAUCAAUCAUAAAGCUGUUGACAUGGCUAAGAAGGGUGAAAAAGUUGCCAUGAAGAUUGUUGGGAGUAAUGCUGAUGAAGCACAGAAAAUGUUUGGAAGGCAUUUUGAAAUGGAGGAUGAAUUUGUGAGUCAUCUCACUAGAGGAUCCAUAGAUAUAUUGAAAGAAAACUACAGGGAUGAUUUGUCCAAUGAUGAUUGGAAACUUGUGGUGAAAUUGAAAAAGCUGUUAAAAAUUCCUUAAGCCACUACUAAUGAUGCAUUGUGGGAUGGAACUUUGGAUUGGAGCAAAACUCCGAUGAAAAUGGAAAGAUGCACCCUGCAACAUUACAGACACCACAUUCAGGAUUACAAAUGGUGAACUUUGUUGAUACCAGAACAGUAGCUUCUGCUUCCUAAGUUUCUGCAUCCUAAGCUUCUUCUAUAUGUUUUGCUAUGUGGUCUAUGUGCUGCAUAUCUGGCUACAAUAAGACAGUAAUGAAUUUCAGAUCCUCUCUAUGCAGGAGGGCAUUUGAAUUUCUCUGCUGUUUAGCACGUUUUCUGAAAUUUAAUAGUCUGAAGGGGCAAGUGCGGUCUUGCCACAUGAGAAAUGGAAGAGAUUGAUUCCAAGAGUAUAGAUUUUGUGUAAUGAUCUGUUUUAUGAUUUCUUCAGGUAAUGAGGAAAAUAUCAUGAAAAUGUUGUUUUAAAUAAAAUCAUGUUUUACCGCAAUUGUAUGAAACCAAAAAUAUUUCCAUGUUGAUGAUGCCAUACCAAAUGGUCUCAGUAUUUUUUGUCA